AUGAGCUUGACUUCCAGAAUUACUGGUGGUACUGGCUCAGGCGUCAACCACAAUGUUGCAAAUCCAGCUCCUAAAUUAUCUGGAAAUCUUCCUCCUACUCAAGAUCCAGCUCCCGUGGUUAACCAUUCAAGCUCCACACGAUGUUCCAGUGGAGCCUUGAUGAGUUUAUUAAACAGUGGAUUAUCUGUUCCUCGUCAAAUGAUGGUUCAGGCCCGUGGUGCACAAGAUAAUCAACAUAUUCCUAUACAUUUGAGCUUUGUGGGAACUAUUGGACAGGGGACAUUUGGACAAAUUGAGAGAGCUACUCUCACUGUCCCAGCAACAUCUUCAGGCACACCAGGCAAAAAGAAUCCCGAUGCCGGUGCUUUUUCUGAUGGAGGACAAAGUUUGCAAGUCGCCGUUAAGCGUGUCUUGCAGGACCCUCGCUACAAAAACCGUGAGCUGAGUAUUAUGCAACGCCUUAACAACCAUCCUAAUGUUGUGAAGUUCUACUACUACUAUUACUCGACAGCGUCGUCAAAUAGUCGGGGCCAUAGGAGUGGUGGUGGACGUGCAGGCGGAUCUACAUCGGGUGUAGAUGUGUUCUUACAUCUUGUACUGGAAUGUUUCCCGGAGAGCUUAUGUGAACUCAUCUACCGCUAUUCACAAAGAAACCUGAAAAUACCAUCUUGUACAGUGAAGGUUUUUACGUAUCAGAUGCUCAAGUCCCUGGCUUACUUACAUAGCCAUCAAAUAUGUCACCGUGAUAUCAAGUCGUCCAAUUUACUAGUCAAUGAAGAUACUAUGGUUUUGAAAGUGUGUGACUUUGGAAGUGCUAAAGAAAUGGUGCCGGGAACUGCUAAUGUAUCUUAUAUAUCCUCUCGGUAUUAUCGUGCUCCGGAGUUAUUAUUUGGAGCUCAAUAUUAUUCUUGUGCGAUUGAUACUUGGAGUGGGGGGUGUGUACUGGCUGAAAUGUUACGUCAGCAUUGUUUGUUCAUGGGAGCUGAUUCAGUAGAUCAACUGGUUAAAGUUAUCCGCGUUUUAGGCACUCCUACUCCACAAGAUAUUGCCAGUAUGAAUCCAAUGUAUGGAUCUUACAGUUUCCCAGAUGUUCAAUCUUGCCCUGUAAAACUGUUUUUCCCACAGCAUACUCCAGCCGAUUUGUUGGCUCUAAUGAGCAAAAUGCUUGUUUAUAAUCCAUCACUAAGAAUUUUACCAUCUCAAGCUCUUUCCGAACCAUGUUUUGACGAACUUCGUUCUAUCGGUCCAAAUGGAGUACUUUCGAACAGAGUUCGUAUGCCUCCACAUAUCUUUGAUCCUGAUCCCGAACCUAAUCCUCCUACAUCAGUAACAGAUGGGACAAAUUUAUCAGCAUAUAACAAUUGGUUGCCAGAACAUCAUAAGCAUGGCUCAUCCAACAAGAAACCAACCACCAGUGUGGGUGAUUUGCAAGGUUCCGAUAAGAAAAACUGUAAACCACCAUCGAAUUCUCGAGAAAUUCCUGCUGAUUGGCAGCGAAAAGGUCGAGCUGUCGGAUCUAAUAAUUCAUCGGAAAAAUGUGGGUCAGUUAUUGCUGGUCCCGGUGGUGGUAGUCAUCCAAACCUGGAAUCAAAAUCUGACGAAUUAACCGGGAACACUAAUGGUGUAAAUAAUGAUGCUUCGAGUAGACAACAACAACAGCAACACAAUCGAACUAAUAAUGAGAAUAAUCUUAAAAGUCCAAUCGAUGCAACAAAAGCCGGGACGGCGACAACAGUUGAUGUUGGUCAUACAAGUCAAAUAGAAAAUCCCGAUGUCUGUUGCAAUGAUAAUGAAAACAAUAUUAAUAAUAAUAGCAUUACUACAAAUGUACACUUAAAAUCAUUUGUGCCUCCUACUCAUCCCAACUCUUCUGAACAACGGACAAAUUUAAGUGAAGUACACUAG